AGUUCUCGCACAACAUCUUGCCCAUUGCUGUUACCGGAACAUCGAUGUUCUACCACUUGGCGAUCACGCUGGCCGUCGUGAGCUGGACUGUUGCCUGCUUGGCAGCUUCCUUGCCUUCCCGCGAGGACUCCGGGCAGAAGCCUUUGCCGGUAGUAAUCUGGCACGGCAUGGGCGACAACUAUCGCGGCGACGGCCUCCUCCAACUCUCCAACGAGAUCCGUGACAUUUACCCCGAAAUCUACAUCCACACAAUCUACCUCUCUACUGAUCCAAGCUCAGACCGGUCUGCAACUUUUUUUGGCUGCGUGGAUCAACAAGUUGAAGCCGUGUGCGAGCAACUGCGCGAUAACCCCGAGCUCGCUGGCGGGUUCGAUGCAGUUGGGUUUUCUCAGGGUGGUCAGUUCUUGAGGGCAUAUGUCGAGCGUUGUGAUGAUCCGCCGGUACGGAACCUGAUCACUUGGGGUUCACAGCACAAUGGUAUCGCGGAUAUGCCUGCCUGCAAGGAUACCGACUGGGUCUGCAAGUCGGCUCGCAAUAUCGCCCGCUCGAACGUGUGGGGCUCAUACGUUCGAGACAGAAUCGUCCAGGCGCAAUACUACAGAGACCCGGAGGACAUGGAGAAUUAUUUGGAGUAUUCGGCUUUCUUGGCAGAUGUUAACAACGAACGCGGAGAGAAGAACGCGACUUAUGCCAAGAACUUGGCCACGUUGGAGAACUUUGUCAUGCUCAGGUUCAAGGAUGAGCAGACAGUUGUCCCAAAGGAGACAUCCUGGUUCGCAGAGAAGAACGUGACAAGCGAUGACGUGACAUUAUUACGAGACAGGCCUAUUUAUCAAGAGGACUGGAUUGGGUUGAAGGCUUUGGACGAGCGGGGUGGGUUGACCUUUUUGGAGGUUCCAGGAGAGCAUAUGCAAAUCAGCACUGAGGCUUGGAAGAAGAUGGCUAAGGAGUACCUUGGACCGCGCAAGGUCAUUGGGAAUGGUUUGAAGCUGCAAACCGCAUUUUGACGAGAUCUCCGGGAGAUGACCUGCUUCUUCCAGAUCUGAUUCUGGAGUUUAGGUAUCCAAAGCCCGUUUUACCCACCCACAGAAGCUUUCGUAGACCAGCUUAUCAAAGCCUUGCGUCCAUCG